GUUGAGAUACGAGGCUGUAUAUAUUUAGGAGGUCUAUUGUAGUCUCCUGUACUGUGAUGAAAACGUAGAAAUUCAUAAGGAUGUAUUUAAUUUUUUAUUGACUAGUGUAUAUUUAAGACAGCCAAUGAUAAUUCAGGAGCAAAUCUUAGACUAAAUAUAGGAAUUAACCCAUUUCCAACGCGAUAAAAUGGAACUCGAUGACAACUGGCUAAUUUUUUUCCAAGCUGGUCUUGUCCAUAUUCAAGAGAAAAAUGACACAGAGCAAGCUUUGGCAUACGCGUGGCAGUUGUACAGUUCUGGUGAGAAAUACUACAGUGAACUUGAGGAGGAAGAUACUGCACUUAAUAUCUACAGACAUUGUUCGAUUUUGUUGAACCUGAUAAAUGACAAGGGGAGAAAUGAUCCAUUUUUGAGGACGAAGUGUUUCUACAGAGAGAAACUACUCUCAUCCCAACCGAUAGACCCAUCAUGUGUUUGGAUCCCGUUUCUCUUCGAUCCUGACAUCAUCCUUGUGAAGAAAAUUAAACUUUUAAGGGACAUAUCAACAAUGAUCGAUGAAUAUUCAGACCUGGAACACAUCAAUGUUUGGCCAUGUAGGCUAGAGAUAAAGAUUUCUUACGAAAAUCUUUUGGUUUUCUACAGAGAACACCUUAGCAGCAUCGAUUUUAUAAACAGAGAGCGAUUCAAUUAUUUUAUUCAAAGCGGUUGGAAGCUAUUGGAAAAGAACCACACACAGUUGGUUUGCCGAAUGUGUCAAAGUAUCAGUCGCAGUUUUGAUCAACUCCCCAAAACACAGUCAUUGGAACUAUCAAAGCUUUGGGCUGAUGCACUGGAGAAGGACGGACACAUAGAACUGGCCAUCAAAAAAGCACAAGAGGCAAAUGACAAAGAUUUGGUGGCAAGAUUGAAUGAAGAACUGGAAGAUUUAAAAAGUGACAGUGAACCAGAUGAGGAGUGGAUCAGGGGUACUUUAGCAGAACACGUUACUCAGUCACUAGAACAGGCCAAAGAAAGGGAAAAAUUGCCAAAAAAGAAAAGGAGAAGUAGACCAAAAUGGAAACAUAAUGACGAACAUCUUGAUCAAUCCACCACUGUUCAUUCUGUAAUUGCUGAUGUCACCAGUCACAUUACAAAUUGGAAAGAUGUUACUGAAUUUGAUUUGCCCGUUUAUAAACCAAGAAGAAAACGAAAGCCAUGUCAAUUAAAAAGUCAACAGCAGAAACAAGAUCAACCUCUCUUACGGUCAAAGGUUGCUAGAUCGAUUAACAAAAAAGCACCAAGUACUGAAGAUAAAUUCGACCAACUACCAUCUGAAUUACCAGCGGGAUACAGUUCUGGUGAUGAGUCUUCUUCUGACGAUGAUUUUUUUUCCAUGGACGAAGAUGAGCAAAAACUUUUCGAACCACUGGAUGGCAAAACAUUUUACGAAGAUUCCUGCAAAGUUUACAACACACAGGGGCAAUCACAAAAUAUCGACGAUUGCCUGUUGACAAACGGUCUAGCUUUAUCCGACGAGUGUGUAUCGGGAAUGACAUUCAAAGCUAAGAGUAUAUACGACGAAAUGCGUAGUCCAGAUGAAUGCAUGGAUCUGUGUAAAAAAAAUCCUGAAAGAUACAGACUGUGUAGAGUCGAAAUUUUCAAUUCACAUAAAGCAGUUUGUCGAACCGUAAAUGAUAACAUUGAAAUUGAAAUUUCAGGAAGAUCAAAAUGCGGAAAGGUUUUUAAUCAAGACGAAGUUGUAGUUGAAAUAUUUGAAUAUAGAAAACCGUUACACAAGACACAAAGUCAAUCUGCUGAAGAUAAUAAGGUUUACGGAAAAGUCAUUGGGCAAAUCAAAACAAAUGAAAAUCGUCCUAAACAUCCCGUUCUGGUUUGCACUCUGGAUCAUUUUUGUAUGUAUCACAUGAAGCCAUUAUGCAAAACUGUUCCAAAAAUACAUAUCCUGAGCAAAAAACGCGAUAAAGAGUCUCAAGUUGAAAUAUAUGAAUAUACAAAACAAACAAAAAAACUUACUUUUGAUCGAUUGAAAACAAUAGACCAAUCAAAACGUGGGGAGUACUUAUUUCUCGUGUGUUUUAUCUCAUGGAAUGGGAUGUAUCCUCUCGGAGCAGUAAUUGGUGUCUUUGAUGGAAAGAGGGAUAUUCAAACGUCCAUCAGGCUUGUUUGUCUUCGGAAUAACGUGUCUGUAUUGUAUAAAGAAAACACAGUCCGGGAAACAGAAAAACUAUUAUCAUCGCAAAUGCCAGACCAAAAUGAUGAACAAAAUAGAGAAGAUUAUUCAGAUAGUUUAAAUGUGUUUACUAUUGAUGGGAAUGACACAAAAGAUUUAGAUGAUGCAAUUAGCGUGCAGAUAAUUUCAGAAAACGAAUUUGAAGUAGGUAUUCAUAUAUCUGACGUCGGUAGUUGUAUUAAAAAGGAUGACCCUAUCGAUGUGGAAGCGAAAGAGAGGUCAACAACAUAUUAUCCAGGUGAAGGCUGUCCGCCAUACCACAUGCUUCCUGAGCCCAUAGGAACGGAUAUGUGUAGUCUACUUCCUGGUCAAAAACGAAAGGCUUUGUCAAUUUUUUAUAAAAUUGACAUUCUUGGAAAAAUUUUGGAUUACAAAAUAAAACCUACUCUCAUCAAGUCCCGAACGCGCCUCACCUAUCGCAAAGCCCAAGAAAUAUUAUCAUCAGAGAAUGAUAACAUCGAUCUAAGGAAAGAACUAUGUUAUCUACGAGAUAUUUCUAGAAUAUUUCGAUCAGAGCGCCUGGGAAACAAAGUUUUUUCUUUUCCGUUCGAACCAUUCAAUACCAGCAGCGAAUCAUAUUUUCAGUCUCUUGAUGCACAUCAUAUAGUGGAAGAACUUAUGAUCCUUGUAAACAAAACGGUUGGACAAGACUUAAUUAAGGCGUUUCCGGAUUGCAUUCCACUUCGCGUUCAGCCUGCGCCAUCUGCAUGCAAAAUUCGGGAAUGGUUACAACAAUAUCCUGUUAUUGGCCAUUUUAUUCUUUCCCUUCAGCAACAAAAUCUACCAACAAAUAACAAUUUGGCAUUUGAAAAUGUUCUUGACGGUCAAAAUUCCAAGCAGCUACAAAUUCAAAAAUACGUAUGGAAGAAAAUCGAAUCAGAUUUUAGAACAGAAGAAUAUCAAAAUGUUGAAAGAUGGAUUGGUACUGAUCAGUUUCAUCCACAGCAAGCAAUGGCUUAUGACUCUUGGAUAUCAUUUCAAGAAACGUCAUCAUAUCAAUGUUCAGGAGCGUCUCAUGACAAAACCCACUAUUCUUUGGGUAUUUAUCCGUACCUCCAUUUUACAUCUCCAAUUCGGCGUUAUGCUGAUUUGAUAGUAAACAGGCUUGUUCAUGCCAUGAUUGAUGAUGAGAAAUCGCCUUACAAUAAGAAAGAGAUGGAAAUGAUUUGUAGAAAAAUCAAUAGUCAAUCUCGAGCAUUUAAAAAACAAUGUCGUCUUCUGCAUUUAGCACGAAAACUUCAAAACCAACCGAUAAUGUUUCACAGCCUUUUGAAUUCAACAACAGACAAUGCUAUGUCUUUGUGCUUUCCAGGAUUAAAAGAGUUGUCAAAAUCCUCUGGUCAAAUUCAAUUCAGUUCUCUGAAGUUGAAGUCAAAACCGUAUUUCGAAGAGAGCAAGAAUACAGAUGUGUUGUUCACCUUAUCUUGGGUACAACGUUUAUAUUCUCCCUACGCAUAUGCAUCUUUUCCAGGGGGCACAGUCUCUAGAAGAGAACCAGUAAAAUUAGAUCCCCACCAAAGAGUCAUUUUUCUUUCUCUCGAAAAGUGGAAAAAAUUAUUGGAUUAUUUGGUCAAUAGAAACAUCAAAUUUUUAGACAUAGACAUAUUUGAGAAAGAAACUCUCGUCAAAUGUCGCGAAUGUGUAGGGACACACACUGAUGUGACAUCUGAAUCAAAAGAUGGUAUCAUAAAAAAAUUACAAUCGGAGUUUAGUUUGACAUUUAGUAAAGGUCAAAUAAUUUCAGUACAGAUGGGGUGUGAAAAGAAAGGAGGGUUACCAGUACCAGAAAUUCAAAUGUUAGAAUUAACGAACAACGUCAAAUGUUGUAUUCAACACAUGUCAGACCCUGUGAGAUGUUUUGCUGUAUAUUCAAAUGUACAUGCAGGCAACAGGAGAAUGACAUCGUCAGAAUAUAUUCAAAGAUGGUUAAAGAUAUUCCGCAUGGAAUCCGCGACAAAUGCCGCAAAAUCGACGUCAAUUAUUAUCAAUGACUUGCGAGUAAAUUUUCAAAAUGGAGAGAGAUAUGAUGGCAGUUUCGUACUUCUAAAAACAUUCUGCAUGGAAAGAGACAUAUAUAUAGAGUAUGCUUGGAAUGAUGAAAAAAAAGAUGACAAGGAAAGAAUUAUUUCAUUUCAAACAGAUUUUUUAUGCAUUCGUUGUGACAUGGUCAAAGAAGUUCCAUCAAAAUCCAAAGCUGGAUGUCCCCCAAACGAACGAUGGAUAUGGAUUGGUCAUGGUGAAACGAAAUGUUUUCAGAUUGGAAAAGAAAAUGAAAAUAUCAAAGUUCAUUUUAAUUUGCACAAAGAUGCUUGUACGCCCACAGCUUCAAUGUUCGAUCAGUCUGCCAUAGACAAAUUGACUUGUACUGUUGAAAUACUUCCAAUGGCAGAUGCUGACAAACACAUAGAAAAGGCUCUUGCUGGAUUGGAUAAGGCUACACCACUUGCAAGGUCGAUAGCCCUUAAAGAAAAACGUCCCAGCCUUGACGAAACCCACUGCAGAUUAGCUCGACAAAUAGGCUAUGAUGUUAAGAGUAAAGAUAUGCAGCCUAACAACGAAAAACAAUCAGAAGCUAUCAAGAAGGCCCUUGCGUCUAGAUUUUCACUCAUCCAAGGUCCGCCAGGAACAGGGAAGACUCUUACUGGCAUUAAGCUUAUAAUACUGUUUAACCGAAUCAAUCUCAAGCACCGAGAGGAAGGCGGUGACCACAAACAAGUCGUGUACUGUGGACCCUCGAACAAAUCGGUUGAUCUGGUAGCAAAAUGGAUGAAAACACAUAUUCCCGAUAUUUGUCCAAAAAUAGUAAGAAUGUAUGGGAACUCAAUGGAAAAUAUGAUAUACCCUAUACCAAACCGAGAAUACAUCAAUCAGCGUUCUUGUAAAGACAAUCGACCUGAUUCGGACUUAAAUGAGAUAUCCCUUCAUACCUUAAUACGAAAGAAAGGAAAGCCAUAUGCUGAGAGGCUAGCAAUGUUUGAAAAGCAAUUUAAAAAUUCACCUGAUGACAUUGCAACGGAAGAUAUACUUAAGUACAAGAAGGCUAUAAGUAUGGCAACACAGGAGGAACUUAAACAGUACGACGUCAUCUUUUGUACAACUGCUGCUGCAUUAAGUCCAAAAUUUUUAAGAGCCACGGAUGGAAAAAUAUUUCAACUGAUCAUUGACGAGGCAGGAAUGUGUACUGAACCAGAAACUCUUGCACCAAUCAUCGCCACGAAAGCUGACCAAGUUGUCCUGAUCGGUGAUCACAAACAGCUUCAACCAAUCAUUUUUUGUCCAGAAGCAUCGGAUCUUGGUCUUUCGAAAUCGCUCUUUGAGCGAUAUGCUGACAGUGCCGUAUUUUUAGACACGCAGUACAGAAUGAACCUGAAGAUUUGCGAGUUUCCAUCGAAGCAGUUUUACAAAGGACAGCUUAAAACUGGUCCAGUCGGGAAGUGGACGGUUAAAAAACCGUUGCAAAUUUGGCAACGUCCUGAUGUCCCCCUCCUGUUUUGCCAUAUAGAGGGAGAAGAGGAAUGUCUGCCAGUCACCACGGAGGAAGGAAAUCAACAGUCACGGAGCAACCGUGCAGAAGUCGAUCAUGUAGUGAAAGUGUACGAGUAUUUAAUGUCUCACGACAAAAUGGAUAAAGACGAUGUUAAAGUCAUGUCUCAGUAUAACGCCCAGUGUUUUGCAAUAAGGGAUGCUCUGAAGAAGAAAAGAUUUAUCAAUUCCAAGGUCACUACAGCGGUGUCCAGUCAAGGUGGAGAAUGGGACUACGUUAUUUUUAGCGCUGUAAGAUCACUUCCGAAGUUUAGGAUCGAAUCAAACCGCAACAAAGGCUGGUGCAAGAAAAAUCUAGGAUUUAUUACAGACGCACAUCAGAUUAAUGUUGUUUUGACUCGAGCAAGGAAGGGAAUAAUUAUCAUCGGAAAUAAAAACUUACUACAAUGCGACGAAAAUUGGGAAGCACUCAUAAAACACUACACCAGACUGGAUUGUGUGGUUAACGCCGAAGAUCAAAACCUCACCCCACUCAAACGACCAGGGAGAAGACACUGAAAGAACAACGCUAGCAUAUAGACUGUACUUAUACAAAACAGAAGACAUUGCCUGAAGAAAUGAUUCAUUAGCUAUUGCCUUCCUGUGUCAAUUGGGUUACGUUAAAAAAAAGUUGACCCUACAGAAUUAGUACUCUAGAUUUAUAAAAUAUGUAAUAUAUUAUGUAAAUAUUGACAAAUUCCUUAGAAUAAGUUUUACUAGAACACAUUAUAUAACGAAACUUGUGUUUUCAUAGAUUUUUACAAUUUUAAUGUACACAUCCAUUUAUUGUGAUUAUACUUGUGUAUGUGAUAAGUUGUUUGUUUCGUUGUUUUAAAUAUUGAUCACGUUUGUUUUAAUUCUUUUACCGUUUGUUACAGCUACUGUAAAACUGGCACUUGCACCAUUCUCUAAAUGGACAUAUUUUAGAAUGAGUAAAAUAUUUAUUUAGAUAUCUAACUCUAUAUGUAUUUGUUUCUAUAAUAAUAGAAAAAUGUUACUGUGGUUUCAUCAAUAUCCGUUGAAUACCAAUUUUCGUUGAUUUCGUUAUUAAGUUGAUCCACAAAAUUAAGUGUUGAUUGAAGAGCAAUUUCUAUUGACAUUUUGUAUUGAUAGGGUCAUUGGCCACGAAUUUACGUAUCCUUGAAACUGUGAUUUUCAUUUUAUCCACGAAAAUUGAUACCCUUGAAUAUUAACGAAACCACAGUAUUACAUGUCCAUAUCUUGAAUAAUUGAUGCACGUCAUGUUUGGAUUUUAAAACAUGUCUUAUCUUAAUUAUAUCACCGUUAUAUCGAUGUUACAGAUGUGAUAUGUUGCAAUUUUUUCAAGAAAUGUUAAUGGUUUCAUUACAAUACCAUCAUGAUGAUAUUCUUAUGUAACUGUUUAUUGACCUAUUUGACGCAAAUGGUUAUCCUUUUAUCAUUGUUUACGUUUGUUUUUUAAUAUCGUAAUUCAUUGGCAUAUAUAUUUGCAAUAUCUUUGUUGAUUUUUGUACUUAAAUUAAUGUUAGUACUCUAGUAGUCAUGAAUGUUUCGUAAUCUACAAAAUGGAUGCUUUCAAACUAAUGAUGUCUUUUACUAGAGCAAGAAAGGGGAUAAUCCUCAUCGGUAAGGGAAAAAAGGAGGCAUUCAUUUUAAAAAAACGAAGCUAUCUACAAUGCGAAAAACCUUUGGAAGCACUCAUAGAGAAAUACACCAGACUGGGCUAUAUGAUUGUCGCCGACACUCAAAACCACACCCCACCCAAGCCAGCCUCUUUGGUAUUGGUUCACUGACAACACAGAACAAAACUGAGCACAUGGUUUAUUGGCUAUUUCUUUCUGGUAUUUACUGUCUAUCGUUUUAAAAAUAUUUCAUAUGUACAAUAUGUAUUACAAGUAAUCUUUCAUGAACAAGUUGAUCAUAUAUCUAAACAAGUAUUUUAUUGUUAAACUUGUUUUGUUAUUUUUUUUACAAUAACGAUAAAUACAUCCAUUUAUUGCUGCGAUACUUUUUGACUGUGAUGAAUUUUAUGUUUAAACUGUUUGAAAUUAAAGUAUUUUUACAAGUU